AUGAUUCGUAAGACAAUAAUCCUUCUGAGCCUUGCACUGUGUGUGCUUGGCGAUGGACAUCACGCGGUUUCAGAACAACAUAUAAAGAUAUAUCACAAUGAACAUCACGGGCAUCAUGGGGAGCUAUCACAUAUUGGUUCCCAUAAGCCUGAGCAUCAUGAAGAAUACGCGUGGUCGUAUCCAUCAUAUGAGUUCUCAUACAGUGUGCACGAUCCUCAUACACAUGACAAGAAAGGUCAGAAAGAGUCGAGAGAUGGAGAUGUAGUAAAGGGCGAAUACUGGCUGAUACAACCCGACGGUCGCAAGCGCACCGUCACUUACCACGCGGACAAACAUAGCGGUUUCAACGCUAUCGUCCACUACUCGGACAAACACAAUGACAUCGUUGAACAUCACGGUUUCCACGACUACUCAAAAGAAGAACAUAAGGAAGACAAAAAAGAAGAUAAAAAAGAUAGCAAAGAAGAGAAGAAAAAGGAAAGCAGUGAAAGCAGCGAAAGUAGCGAAAGUAGCGAAAGCAGUGAAAGUAGCGAAAGUAAUGAGAGUAAUGAAAGUGGAGAGGAACAGGGACGUGAUGGUGAGGAGAGCCGAGGUAGACCCACCGGUGUCAUAAGUUGGGGAUACGGCCCCAGCUGGGACCAUGGCAAGGAACUCCAGCUAAAACCAAAUGUUCACGACAGACGGGGUUACAAUAUCCGUGGCUAUUCCCCACGAGACGACCGAGCCCAGGAGGAGAGCAAGCUUAUGGAGGAGCGUCAACGUCUAGCAAGAGGAGCACCAUACAAGAUGCGUUUCAUACUUCUACUGGCGUUAGUAGCAGUGACACUAGCGGAGGAGGUCGCGAAGGAAUCAGACCCAAGCCCAGAGCUUAAACCUGAAGAGUCCGCGCAACCCAUCCGAGUGCACGAAGAUGAACAUCAUGAUCAUUACCAUGACGGCUUAGACCUGAUUCGAAGCCGUGCUGAACGCUUGCACUUGCCUUAUGACGACCAUCAUCAUCAUCACAGCCCUGGACCAAGAGGUCCAGUGAAGGUGGACUACAAAGAAGAUGACCAUUCAAUCCCUGUAGUUCUACGUACAUCUCACGUACACCCAAUCCAUAGUACACCGAACAUCGGACUUCAAAACAAGAUCAUCCAUGACGUGUACAGUCCAGACUACUACCAGCCUACCUGGAUACUUGACUACAGAUACCUCAAGUCGGGCGGUAGGGACUACACUCGAGGACCCGGCGGUCAGAUCCUCAUUCUGCCUAAAGAUGUCAAGAGCAAGGAGCAUAAGGAGUUUCCUGACUACGAUCAUUUGAUCGAACACCUGCGCCUCAGUCGCUUGUCAGAACACUCGAAGUACGGCAAACAUGGUUAUGGAUAUGGCCACGACGAGGGUCACCAUUACGGCUACCAUGAUGAUGGCCAUAGGAACCAUGGCCAUGGCCACGGCCACGCCCACGCCCAUCAUCACAACCCAUGGAGAUCGGAUAUCUACCACUAA